AUGAUCAAAGGCAUACUCAGCUCGAUGCUUCAAGACAGUGUUCGCCUGAUGAAGACGCCUGUCACGCUCAUACUCGAAGUCGUCGUCGUAACACAAGAAUUACGCGAUCAAAGAGGCUUUCGGAGACGCACGCUCCCCCACGAUAGCUUGGACAGCGUCUCUCCUCCUCCCCCACCUCCUUUGGAGGACUCUCGCGGUGGCCAGCGCUUUCUGAUUAAGCGGAUGUGA